AUGAGCUGCAUCCCUAAUGCAUCACACUCUCCAGUCUUCUUGCUCCUUGGCUUCUCGAAAACUGGAGUUCCCCACAGUCUCUUUUUUCUCCUAUUCCUGGCUAUUUACCUGGCUACCAUAUUGGGGAAUGUGACUCUUGUACUGCUCAUCUCCAGGGACUCCAGGCUCAACUCACCUAUGUAUUUUCUGCUCCGUGGCCUCUCUGUGAUAGACUUGGGGUUAUCCACAGUCAUCCUGCCCCAGCUGUUAGUUCAUCUGGCAUCUGAAUACCCAGCCAUUCCUGCUGCCCGCUGCUUGGCUCAGUUCUUUUUUUUCUAUGCAUUUGGAGUUACAGAUACACUUGUCAUCGCUGUCAUGGCUCUGGAUCGUUAUGUGGCCAUCUGUGACCCUCUGCAUUAUGCUCUGGUGAUGAAUCGUCAGCUCUGUGUCUGCUUACUGGCCUUGAGCUGGGUGGUGUCCAUAGUGCAUACUAUGCUGCAUGUGGGUCUCCUCCUGCCCCUGCGUUGGUCUGUGGAUACUGAGGGCAAUGUUAACCUUCCCCACUUUUUUUGUGACCAUCGACCACUUCUGCGAGCCUCUUGCUCUGACAUACUUUCCAAUGAGCUGGCCAUAUUCUUGGAGGGUGGCUCCCUCAUGCUGGGCCCCUGUGCCCUCAUUAUACUCUACGCUCAAAUUGGGGCAACUAUCUUACGUUUGCCUUCAGCUGCUGGACGCCAGCGAGCAGUCUCCACCUGUGGAUCCCACCUCACCAUGGUUGGAUUUCUCUAUGGCACCAUCAUUUGGGUAUACUUCCAGCCUCCUUCUCAGAACUCUCAGGAUCAGGAUAUGAUAGCUGCAGUAAUGUACACUGCUAUUACACCUUUGGCCAACCCAUUUGUUUAUAGCCUCCGCAACAAAGAUGUCAAGGGUGCACUCCACAGGCUGCUUAAACAGGGUAGAAUGGGCUCCUGA